GUCUUUCUGUCAAAAUUAUUCAUUUCAUAAUGCAGACAAUCACUGCUGUUAUCUCAUCAUCAUCAAUUGCUCUGCUUUCUUUCCUUUCUCUUUUUAUCAUUCUCACGGCUCAGCAAGACUUCCUAUAUCAUCUGUGUUACAAUGUAGCUGGUAAUUACACUAACACAAGUGCCUACCAAUCCAACCUCAAUCUCCUCCUUUCUAAUUUCACUUCCGACACCAAAAUUGACUAUGGCUACUACACUUCCUCUCAAGGCCAAAACCCUGACAAAGUCAAUGCCCUUGGACUGUGUAGAGCAGAUAUCAAGGCAGACUCUUGCCGUAGUUGCCUCAACAACGCCACAAGCCUUCUGCGAAGGUUAUGUCCAAAUCAGAAAGAAGCAUAUGGAUACAAUGAUGGAUGCAUUCUAAGAUACACUAAUCGUUCCAUGUUUGGGAUUAACCAAGAUCCAGAUUCUUUUAUCUACGCCAUUUGUAACAAUGAAAACGCGACAGACAUCAAGUACAGUGAGGCCCUUGAUAGUCUGAUGAGAGGGUUGAGAAGUGAGGCGGCGGCUGGCAACACUCGUUUGAAGUUCGCGGCGAACACGACAACAACUUUGUUUCAAACAAUAUAUGGACUUGCUCAGUGUAUGCCUGAUUUGUCUGAGCAAGAUUGCGAUGACUGCUUGGAGAAGUCGAUCUCAAGCAUCCCCUACUUCUGUAACAACAGGAUUGGUGGAAGGGUUGUCAAACUGAGUUGCAAUAUUAGAUAUGAGAAUUAUCGCUUCUAUGAUACUGCAGUUAUUGAUUCACUAUCUUCACCUCCUCCUGCUCCUCCAUCUUCCAACACAUCUUCCUCACAAGGAACGAUUGAUUCACCAAAAGGUAUGUCUUCCUUCGAAGGUUAUUAA